CACACUGUUUGCAUAAUUUCUUUAUAAGUUUAAUUAAAAAAUGGAAUCAUCACAGGAUAUAAAAAUACUACGAUGUCGUCUGUGCUUUCAUACAGGCACAAACUAUCAACUUAUCGAGGUUUUCACAAAAAGCCACGAUUUAUCCAAGCGAGUUAUCAGUGCUCUUGGAGUUAAGAUAAAUCGCAGUGAAAAACAUGCUCGAAUAUGCACAGUAUGCGAAACUCUCAUCGAUAUCAUCCAGAGCUUUCAAGCAGUGUGCAAGCAGACCAAUCAACUGCAUCACAGUCGAACCGAUUUUCUCCUUUACGAUACAUUUUGGGAUAGUCGAGAUCAGGAUGCUGUAAAAGUGACGGAAAGAAUGGUGCUUACCCAUCGUUCGGAAGUGGAUAAGACAAUAAGCGGGACAAUCACGAUACCAGCUAGACGAGAGUCGGAACGCCCGCAGGUUGUAUCUACAGUGAUAGAACAAUCAUUGGAUGAAGUAAAAUAUGCUCCGGAGCCUUCAUCGGAUGUUCUCAAAACUGAAAUAGUAAUAUGUGUACCGGCUAUCAAAGACGAGCUUCAUGAUGAUGAUUCCAAACUUCAGUUUCAACCUGAGUUGGAAGAACCGGACCUUGAUGCAGAUGGUAUUUCUGAGCUAGAUACGGAUAGUGAUUUCAAGCCAGAUGUAGAGGAUAUGACAGCAUCAGAAUCCGAGCGAGAAAAGGUUGAAAUCAGUGAAAAUAGUAAACCCAAAAAAAGAGGUCGGAAACCGAAGUCUAUCGACGAAAAAGAAUCGCAAGGCAAAGAAAGCGAAAAUGAGAGACCUCGACGAAGGGGUAGAAAAAAGAGAAUUGUUGAUGAAAGUGAACAGAGUGAGAACGAAUAUGAACCCAAAAUCCCUGGGAAACGCGGGCCACGACGAAAAAAGGUUCGCAAAUCCGAUCCCAGUAUGUGUGAUAUAUGCGGUCAAACGGUGGCUCAUUUUGUGAAAGAAUCACACCACAAUCAGCACCUGGGCGUACGACCGUACAAGUGCGAUUUCGAGGGUUGUGGUCGAUCCUACUUUUCGCAGAACGAUCUGCGAACUCAUAGUAAACGUCACCAGAUUACGUAUCACGUAUGUGAAAUAUGCGGACGCAAUAUUAAAGGAGUGGAAUGGUUCCGGCGGCAUGUUAAGACGCACACCGAAGGGCCUCAAUUUACCUGCGAAGUGUGCGGGAGCAAGUUUCGCCGGAAAGCUCAGCUGCAAACACAUAUGGUCACUCAUACGGGUUUAACUCCACACGAGUGUGAAAUAUGCGGCAAGAGAUUUGCAUUGAAGUACAACUUGGAAGCUCACGUGAAACGACACCAGAAGAAGGAAGACCAUGCACCGGAGAAACAAAAGGAUGCCUCUGAGAAGCGAACCUGGAAGUAUUAUGUGAGAGCGGAAAAUGCUGGUUUGAAACAUCAUGUAACAUGUGAAACCUGCGGAAGCUCGGUCCAUAAACGUGAAAUCGAAGGUCACGUCAACAAGCAUCUUGGACGGCGGCCAUAUUCGUGCGAUGUGCCCGAUUGCACACUUGCUUUCUACGGGCUUCGUGGAAUAAAGGAACACAAAAUGGUGGUUCACUCGGAUAAAAUUCUUCGGUAUGAUUGUAGUGUUUGUAAUCGUUCAAUAAAGGGAGCAGGAACGUUCAAAAGGCACGUAAUGAUGCAUAAUUCCGAUAUGAAAGUAGAGUGCCAGCAUUGCGGGAAGAAGUUCACUUCUAAGAGCUACCUUAAGGCGCACGAGCAGAAGCAUUCCGGCGAGCGCCCGUAUGUAUGUGAACUCUGUGGAAGAUCGUUUGCGAUGAAACCCUGUUGGAAGAUGCAUAUGAAAACUGUACAUAAUGAAGAUCACCGUGAACCGACACGGGUUCGCAAGCGAGAACCGGAUGGUUCAGGGCAACAGGUUGACCCAACUAUGUCGGCAAAUGGCGUACUUUUGAUGGAUGAACCGCAACCCUCGUCUGCUUCAUCCCUGUCUUUGAACGCUCAAACGAUUGAUCAUCAACAGUAUCAUUCACAACAGCCGCUUUCUCAAAACCAAGUCCAACAGCAGUCACCGGUACUGCAAACGCCAUUAAUUCCAGCAAUUAAUCCCCAUUACCCAACACCAGACUCUGUUCGAACGGACUAUUCUUACUAGAUUACUGAACUGGUGUCAUACUAGUACGGUAAUAGGCAUGUUGCGUUUCUACUGUGAAAAAAGAAACUGUUAUAGUUUACUGACUAGAUUCUAGUUCAGUACACUUGUAUAUAUUAAA